ACUUGUUUUGUAGUUUUGGCGGAAAAACACGUUUUAGCGGAAAAACGUAUUUUACGGUUUUGGCAGGAAACGCAUUUUACCACCGAAUAAAUGAUUGGACUUUAGAGAAACUCAUGAUUUUCCAAUUUUAUCAAACCUUAGAAUUGAGUUUACUCAUGGUUUUUUUUAAUUGAAAACAAAAUAGGUCAGAUUUGACCCAACCAAUAAACUCAUUAACUUGUUAACUCAUUAACUUGUUAACCCAUUAACCCAUUAACCUUUUAAUCCAUUAACCCAUUGAAUCAAAAAUAAACAAUUCAUUUGAGUUAAUGGGCAAAUUGGGUUGGGUCAACCCAUGGGUCAUCACCCAUUUUGACAUCCCCAAGACAUGAUGCAGUUGCUAUGAUGUUUACUCUUAGUAAAUAUAAUUUCUUCUGAUUUCUUCAAUGCAAAGCCGCGCCACAUCGUGGAUUACCUCGGUUUCUUGGCAAUGACUCGAUAUUUUGUCACCAUUUUCUAGACCGUUCACCUAAUGUUAUGAAAACUUUUCUAAGUGUAGAUGGCGUUUCUUUUGUAACAGCAAUGCAGGUUUGACUGAAAGAUUUGGGCUCUUCAUCUGUGGCCGUUAAAUGGCAAAACGCAUUCUGUGAACUGACUGAUCCCGUGGACCAGGUAUGGCACUCUUCCACAUGUUUGUGUCUUUUUGACUAACAUUCUACAUUAGCCCUGUUCGUUUAUUAGACGCGGCGUCAAUAACGUGCGAUCAAAAAUAUCAAAGGCCACGUCAGCAUUUCAUUAGUUUCAGCUUGUUUGAAGAUGUUGCGACUCAAUUAUACACGGAACAAUUGCCGCCGCUGGCAGUAAUGAAGUCGCUGUUUUUUACGGCGACCAUUAAAAUGGAUGAAAGAGCUUUAGCGUCAGUUACGGCGGCAAUUGUCAUGUCGUUAUUUCUCUCCAUCGUUUGUUAUUUUUUAGACGCUCAUCUUUGCCGCGGCGUCUAAGAAACGAACAGGGCUAUUGUUAAUGAUCUGCUAGUUAGCUUUGUGUACACUGGAUCAUAAAAUAUUAACUAUUGAUCUAAAUUUUGGUAGAACCGUAGAAGGCACGGUUGGAAGAGCAGGUAAGGCAGCAUAACGCAAAGCGAGUAGCGGCUGCACCUGAAACUUCUGAAAGAAAGAUAAUGAUGAUGAUAAUGAUUCAUAUGAGGUGACCCGUGAUGAAGACUUUCUCACUGCCUUGGAAUAAGGAAUGCCUCCGGCUUCUGGAAUGGUACUUAUAUCUUUAUUCGUUAUUUCUUCUAUACGAUUAGAUUAUUAGUAUUGACGUUGGUGAAUUUGCGCAAGUUCAAAAACAUGACCAAACUUGUAUGCUCAGGUACGUAUAUUAGUUCAGUCUUACUGUUUUUUCUUUUUUGUUUCUCGUAGGGGCUUGGUAUUGACAAACUCAGCGAGUAUAACAUUAAGAGACGUCAUUGCGUUUCCUGUUCUGUAAGUUCAGCUGUAACACUUAUGCCCAAUGUGGUAAAUGGUAAUACAUUGUUGUAGCUUUUGGAUUCUUGUGUAUUAUUUUGGUUAUUUCUCAAGCCGAGGAAGUUGGAAGAAGCAUGUGUAAAUGAUUUUAUUCUUGAUGAGUGCUUGAAAUCAAAACAGACAGACAAUAAUACAUACAAAAUAAAUAAAACAGUUUCAUAAUGUUAUUUGUGUUUCGCUCGUCCAGUUUGUCAUACAGUGGAUGGUGAUGCAACUUUUGUCACAAGUGUAGAACCAUUAUGUUGCCUCUAGCUUCUUAUCAUAAACUUGACACCAGUAAAUGUCAUAUGCAUCUUCUCCAUAGAAGAUGAAUAGAUGAUGCUUAUCAAGCAUGUAGAUGUGUGUAUUAGACACGUGCUGAGGGUAGUGGAUAAACCACUCGUUAUAUUUUCUUGUAAGAAGAAGAAGCUUCACCCUCUCUUCUCUUAGAAUUUAGCUGAUUUUCCAAAUGAUUCUGUGUGGAAAAACAUGAUCUCCUGCUGUUUAAGUUAGGGACAAAGCUAAAAACAAAAGGAACUUUAAUCAUUAUUAUACAUUAAUUGAUUCGAAUGUUGUUUACUUGUUUAAUUAAAUUACUAUGAUAUACCUUAUAUUUUUGUUGGAAAAGGACAAGCUAACGCCAAUAUUUAUAAAGUCUAAACAUGGGUUAUACAAAGAUUUGCUGUUUUGGGAUAAUAAUGCUUUUAGGUUCUAUCUUAGAGGUUGAUGAAGUUACUUAUGGAAUGUAUCCGACCAAUUAUAAGCAAUAAUAAGCAAAUCUCACUCAUGUGUGGGACAAGUUGAAUGGCUUUUGAGUUUGAUUGAUCUCGAGAUCUAAUGUCAGAACUCAGAAGCAUCCUAUGUCGCAUCAUUAUUCUCUAUAUUGGCACACGCAUUAUAUGCAUCUACACACCUAGGUAUUUGAAUAUACAUAUGAGUGAUUUGCAUAAAUUUGGUAGACCUACAUGACAUCGUGUAGAUACAUAAUUUAGAUCAUAUCUGGAUUUGUCAAUUAUAGAAAUUAUAUAUAAACUUUUUUGAUAAGUACUUCCUUCACAUGGAAUGACUUAUUCCAUUGAACAUUAAUCAUUUAGUUUGGCAUGAGUCAUCCAAUAUUAAUAUAUAUAUUAGAGUUGCAAGAUACAUAUAUUUUAUUGCAUAAUCUAAUGUUCUGCAAGCAAAAUUUUUAAUCUACGGAUUUGUACUAAUUUCCUCUCCACAUUUGCAUCAGAAUAAUAUUUUGAAUUCAGAAAACUAUUGAGAAAUUAUAACAAAUAUAGUUAUUAUCAAAAAUAAAAAAUGAGAAUUAUAUAAUAAUUUUCAUUUUAACCAACAAAUUAAUAGUUAUAUGUAUAAUGUAUUCUUCUUGAUAAAAGUAUAUGUUGAUAGUUUCCCACUGACUUUUUCCCUUGAUGGAGUUCGAAAAGUUGUGUCGACAUAUACAUCACAAUCGCAUUCAAAAUAUGGUUUAUUAAAAUUUUAAUUCUUAUAUAUUUUGAAUAAAAUAAUGGAAAUAUCGGACUAAGGUUGUUGAAUAUUUAAUCAGAAACUGCCGUGAAAUUAUUUAUCAUCAAGAUUAUAAAAAUUGAAAAUACAUGGAUAAAUGCCUACCUUUACAGGAAUCUAAAGUACAACAAAUGAUAGAAAAAUUUAACUAUAUAAACAAAAUAUAUAUACAGUUUACAUUCGUUUUUAACCACCAAAAAGUUAGUUAUUAUUUGUAUUCUAGAAUAUUUAUUAGACAUAAUUUUUUUGAUAUACUAUCCAAGACAGAGAUUUAGCAAGGGAAGAGGAUAGUCUAUAAGUUAAAAAAGACUUCACCUUUAGAUGCACUUGAAAAAAAGCAAAUUCGAGGACAAACUUUAUAUUCUUCUUCUGAUGUGAGUGAGUGAGAAGAACAAAAGGGUUUGAAAUUUUCAAAGUCCUCUGCUUUUCCCAUGGCUGAUUGUUAUCAACUGGAAUCUAUUCUUUUCCAAUUACACUAUUCUUUUGUCUCUUUCCUCAUCUGAUCAACUCUUAAUUUAUGUUCUUUGGAUUCUCUCAGAGAGGAUAUUUAUAUAUAUAGUGGUUAUCAACUCUUCUUUGGAAACCCUUUUGCUCUGUUUUUGUUUUCAGAAAUUAAAGACUUUUAAAGGUUUUUUUCAAAUCUGGGCACGUAAAGUUUGAAACUUUAUCAAAAAAGACAAAAGAGGUCUUCUUGUCUAAUUGGUUGGUGAUUGGGUGUGUUUCAAAGACCAAACAUAUGUUUUGAUGAGGGUUUUGCUGUGUAAGAUCCAGUGCCCUUCUUUCUUCUGCUUCUGCAAGCCUUCUCCUCACAUCUACGCCGCAUCAGGCUCGCUUAAAGUAGAGAACACGCCUCCUCAAGUGUCUUCUCCUUCCAUUACUACUACGGUUGUUGAUGACAAUGAUGAUCAUUAUGUUGAUGCACAUGCCGCAGAAUGUGUUGAUGGAGAUCAUGCUAUAGAGGAAAAGGAAGAAGCUUGUGGUGUAGAGGAGAAACAAGAAGGUGGGAUCUUGAAAAGCAGUCUGAAGAAGGAGGUUUUGGAUUCACCAAGGGUGGAGAAGAAGAAGGUACAGUGGGUGGACUUGAUGGGGAAAGAACUUGCUGAGAUCCGUGAGUUCGAGUCUAGUGAAGAAGAUGAUGUCAGAUAUGAUGGAGAUCAGAGCUGUGUUUGCGUUAUUCUGUGAUCAACUCAGUUUAGUUUUUUUUUUUUUACUCGGAGAUAAGGCAAUGAGGAAAGGUGAAGAAGCUUGCUGGAGAUUAAUGUUGAUCCAUGUUGGUCUUGUGGCCUUGGCUAUAGAGUCCAUAUACAUUGAGGUAGUAGUACAUAUAGUAGAAUCUUCUACAUUUGCUUGUCUGAGGUUAUAUGAAGUUUCUAUAUAUAACACGGCAGCAUUUUGUUAUGGUUUUAGGAUUGUGAAAAGAAUUGCUUUCUGUUACAAUUGUUUCUUUGGGCAGUUAGUGAAUCUCUUUCUCAUUCAGAUUCAAAUGUUGAAUCUAGUUAUAUGCAUUGUUCCGAGUUCAUCAGCAUUUUUUAGCAUAUGGUUGUCUUGAGCAUGUAAUGUAUAAUUUAGACCAUAUUCAACUA